AUGGCAUCAUGUUUCAGACCCCAAGUGUGCGUUCACUUAUCCAGGCCGUGUGAUUAUUUUCCAGCCCUCAACUGUGCCGUGCCUCCUGAUGCACUGCCCUGCUGUUUGGGCACUGCACUGCAGGUGGGCGGCACAGUGGACAAUCUCUUGGAGUGUUGCGCAUUCUUUGGAGGGCAAGCCGUGGAGCUCGAUCGCCCGCUGCAGCUCACCCACCAGCUCGACCUCUGCACGCAGGGCUGUGUGGUGAUGGCCAAGAACCGCCAGUUCGCCAGCCAUUUCAACCAGUUGCUUCAGGGUCGCAAGGUCCGCAAGCUUUACAAGGCCCUAACCGCAUCUGCUCCUGCUCCGGGCAGACACAUACAUUUCAUGCUGCCCGAUCCAUACUCCCCGAAGAUUUUAACCCGAGAAGCCAUGCCAGGCUGGCAGCGCUGCGAGCUCGUGAUUCGCCGAGUGGAGGAGGUGCCGUGGCCUGCUGAUUCUGCGCUGGCUUCUGCUGACGUGGACUGCUCUUAUUGGCCAGCUGCUGACGUGGCAUACGAGUGCCUAGUGGAGCUGAUAACAGGGAGAACGCACCAGCUUCGAGCACAGUUUGCAGCGCUGGGCGCGCCCCUCCUCGGUGACACCAUGUACGGCCUGGCCCAAGCCCAGCAGGCUGCACCUAUGCUUCGAGCACAGUUUGCAGCGCUGGGCGCGCCCCUCCUCGGUGACACCAUGUACGGCCCCGCCCAAGCCCAGCAGGCCGCACCUAUGGUUCUAAAAGCAACCAUACCACCCAACCGAGGUUCAGUUGAUGUGAGAGGGAAUGGAGUGGGGAUUUCGGGCCAGCAAGAGAGGAGAAGGGAAUUUGUGGAUGCGGAGGUGCUGUCCCAGGCGAAGCACCUGUUUGGGACGGCACCGGAAGCGGCGAUUGGCUUGCAGGCGUUUUCUGUGAGAUGGGAGGAGCAGGUGGAAGAAAGCAAGGGGCGAGUGAGAACUGUUUACAAGCAGUACGAGGCUGGCAGUCCGUGGUGGAGAGAGGGUUGA